AUGACUGAAGAAAGUCCGAAGCCGUUCUUUUCUGAUAGCAGCAAUUUAUUCAAAGCUGUUCUCUUACUGGUUCCUGUUAUUCUUUUGGCUUUCUUUAUUUCAGUAUUCAAUUCUUCUGCAGCGAAGGAUCGGCUACCCUUACCACCUUAUUCUACAUCUCCCUAUCUACAAUGCGUUGAACAGCAAUUGCAUUUGGCACUGUCAGAACAAUUUCAAGAAGAAUACAAGGGAGAUUUUUAUACCUUGGCUGAAAAUUAUCCACAGAAACUAAAUGAAAUAGUCAAUGCAACCUUUAUCAAGUGCAGUCCUUCCCUUGAUGAAUCGAAUCAGCAAGCUAAUAGCGAUAACCAACCACCCGUAUCAACAGAAUUAAAAAUAUUGCUACGUCGUAUGCAAACUAUACGCCGUGAAAUCAGUAUAAAAAAAGCUAAAAGUUCUGGAAAGCGAAAAGCUGCAAAACGUGAAAAUGAGGCUUUGAGAAAAUUAAAAAUGUAUAACUUCCUCCUGUGGGCUAAUGAAGACAUUUUUGCUGGUAGUGACAAUCAAUUGAAAGAGCUUAUUGAACUGAUCAAAAAACAACAAACUUACUACCAGAAACAAAAUCAGUUGGAUCCUGAAUUAACACUAGCUGUAGAUAAAUCAUUUCAAUCACUAGGCGUUCAAUUAAGAUCAUGCUUAUCGCCUCGAUCGCGAUAUUCUAAGAUUACCCAUAGCUCUAAUCCAAUUAUCAAUUUUUUUAUUUCAAUCAUUGAUAGAAUAUUUAGAAUGAUAUAA